AUGUCAAUGAAAUGUUUGAAUAUUAUAUCGUGUCUAUUAAUAGAUGUAGUGUGUCAGUGUGUUACGAAAAUGCUGUCUUUGGAAGAAGCAAAGAAAUAUAUGAUUGAUGUGUUUGGAAUAUUAAAUGUAGAUGAACUGCUGAGUAAUCGUAAUAAACUGGAGGUUAUUACAACCAUCAAUGAUGCUUACAGAGAGGUAGAACCGUACCAAAACAUAAUCAUGCUGGCUGAACCGCAGAGUAAAAGACGCCGACCAACUUGGACAGAGAUCACUGCAAAUGUGAAGAAGCGGUGCGGUGGAAUGUGUUUUACGCAUCAUAUGUUUCUAUUCGAAUUUUACAAGGCACUCAACUUUGAGGUUGCUCUCGUUCCAGCUCAGGUUUCGAACUACUGGAAUCAUACUGUAAUAUUAUUCAGAAACUUGGUCAAGCCAGGCGACCUUUAUCUCAUCGAUGAAGCUUCUGCUUAUCCGACGUUUAAUCCUAUAUGCUUAGAUUUUUCAGAGAAGUCUCCUAUAAUGUAUCAUUCCUUUCUGGAAUAUAGAUACACCAAACAUAACGGUUCUAUAUACAGAAUGCAUAGAAAGGGUGAUCAAGGGUACAGAACAUUUGAUCCUAAAACAAGUUUUUACAAAGAUGGAUGGAGAAAAUUCUCCGAGUUCAGAAUUGAAGAUGAAACAAAAGACGCAUCCUCAUUGAAUGAUAUUUAUGAUAAUGUUUUUACCAAUCCAAAUAUAACCCCCUUUCACAAAUCAUUACGGGUCAUUUAUUUCCCAGGAAAGAAAGCCAAAAUCAUCUGUAACAAGAAAGUUCUAUUAGAAGUGUGCGAUGGGGAACUUGAAGUGACGGAGUAUGAAUCAGAGGACGAUUUAAUUAAAUGCAUUAACGCUAUUUUACCAAUGCUGGGUGAAGAACUGAUAAGAAAAGCUUUGUCGCAUGUAGCUCUUUAUAAAUAA